AUAGAAAAAUCGUGAAGUUCUGAAGAUGUCCUUAGGAAAAAAAGUUGAUGUUGAUGAAUUUAUAACUAGAAGGAUAUCCAGACAUUUUCACAUACAUUGCAGUUUUUUUAUGUCUAUUCUAAAGUCUUAAAACAGCAGAAGAAAUGUUAUAUUUCUAAAUGCCUGUGUGUCACAGGGGUUGAAUGUAUUUAAUUCCACUUAAAGAUAUCAGCAAAAUUUCCGAGAUUUACAGCUAUACGUCGACAUCGAAGUGUCACAUCUACUUUCACUGCAUCAUAACACUUAGUGGUGAGACUGAUGUCAGUGGAAUCAAAUAUAUUGAUCUGAGGUUGUACAUCAGGGUUCACAUGAGCCCAUAAUCAAAUCUCCACAACCAGUUGUGGGGAUUGUGAAGACUGCGGAGCAAAAGAAAAGCUAAAAACACAGAAAAGGAUGACAAGACAGAGGACACCAAGCCAGACGUAUUUAUAGAUGGUGAGAAAUUGAUACUGAGAGUGUGCAGCAGAAGGCAGAGUAACUGAUAAAGAGACAGACCGAAGAGAAAGAGAGGGAGAGAGUAGGCAGGGCUCUAGGUAUGUGAGAACAACAGCGUACUGGGCCAGUGGGACAGAGAGGGGGAGUCAGACGUAAAGGGAAGAGGGGAGCCAGAGGAGAGUGUGAGGUUAAGAGUGUGUGUGUGUGUGUAUGUGUGUGUGAGUGUAAAAUCAGACAGAGUGCAAGACUGUGAGCCAGGGAGAGAGAUGCUCGAAGAGGAUGAGGAGUAACAGGGCGAGGCAACAGCGAGAGGAGCCGGUAGAGCGUGUAUGUGAGGAAUAGUGUGUGAACAGAGGGAUGCGGUCAUGUCUCUGUGAGAAGGAGCAGUAUAGCAACGGUAACCAUGCUGAGCCCCAAGAUAAAACAGGCACGCCGGGCGCGGUCCAAAAGCAUGGUUCUGGGAGAGUUGACAAGGGUUUCCAGGCCCUGUUCUCCUCUGGAUCAUGAGAAAGCGCUGAAGGCGGGCUGGCUCAAGAGACAGCGGAGUAUCAUGAAAAACUGGCAGCUGCGCUGGUUUGUCCUGAGGACCGAAGCUCUGUAUUUCUACAAGGAUCAGGAUGAAAGCAAAGCACAGGGUUGUAUUCCUCUUCAGGGUAGUCAGGUCAAUGAGGUGCCUGCCAAUCAGGACGAGCCUGGCCGCCACCUUUUUGAAAUUGUUCCAGUUUCUCUGAGUAUUUCAUGGUCCGACCAUUGGGUGAAUUUACUGGGACUUCGACUUCUGGGGAAGGCUGGCAAAGGGGCUGGAGAAAAGGAUCGAACUGGUAUAAGCCAUGAAUCAUUCCUGCUGAUGGCCAGCUCCCAGAGCGACAUGGAAGAAUGGGUCAGAGCCAUACGUAGAGCUAUAUGGGCUCCACUUGGUGGAGGUGUCUUUGGGCAGCACCUAGAGGAGACAAUGUUGUAUGAAUCCCAAUGUGGCCCUCAGAGACUAGUCCCUGUGCUGGUUGAGCAGUGUGUAUGCUUCAUCCGUGAAAAUGGACUCAAGGAGGAGGGCCUUUUCAGGGCUCCCGGACAGACCAAUCAUGUUAGAGAACUGCAGGAUGCCUUUGACCGCGGUGAGAAGCCAGUGUUUGACAGUUCCACAGACGUCCACACAGUGGCAUCACUGUUAAAGCUGUACAUACGAGAGCUGCCAGAGCCUAUAAUCCCAUUCUCCAAAUACACACAGUUUCUCUCUUGCGCUCAGCUUCUUACCAAGGAUAAAGAAAUGGGUAUUACAGAGCUCGGCAAACAGGUGAAAUCACUUCCUCAGGUCAACUACAACCUCCUUGAGUACAUCUGCAAGUUUCUGGAUGAGGUGCAGUCUCACUCCAAUGAGAAUAAGAUGAGUGUUCAGAACCUGGCCACUGUGUUUGGACCUAAUAUCCUUCGGCCCAGAGUGGAGGAUCCAGUCACCAUGAUGGAGGGAAGUACGCAGGUGCAGCACCUAAUGACUGUGCUGAUUAGUGAACACUCCCGACUUUACCAACGUGAGGAGCCAGAAACAGACAUUAAGGUUCCCAUACAGCGCCAGGAGAGCCAAAGGUGCAAGGUGGAAUGGCUUUCACAAGAAGACCCUGACCACCCACAUCCCUCAGGGACAAGCUCCAAAACGCCUAACGAAAAAGCCCAACCUUCCACUUCUACAGACAUUAAGGUAACAGCAGUGAGCCCUGUUACACUGGACAGGGGUGAGGAAAGUCAGACUGAAGGGAAGAGCAAAAGCAAGACAGAGGAAGACAUCAAGACUGAAGGAAAAGUUGGAAGCGAUGCAGCUGUUAGCCCUAGCAAACAGGCUAAAGCCUUGCCUUCCUGGAGAUCCACCUUCAAGGGCAGUGCAACCUCAGGUGGGCCAAGAGGGAAAAUAGGGGGAUCUGCAGGGGACGUGUCGGCUGCCGGGGGGAGCAACUGGUUAAUGAAUGGUCUGUCAUCCCUCCGAGCCCACAGACGUACCACCUCAUCUGGGGACAGACUAAAAGACUCAACUCUAUCGCUAAAGGAUUCAACCCUCUCCCUUAAAGAAACUACUCUUAAAGACUCUCACAGAGACUCUGAUGAAGACUCUUCUCGAACAUCCUUGUCUCACAGAGCUCUCCACCAAUCCCACAGACUGUCUGCUUAUGACAACGUGGCCCCCUCCAGUCUAAGUCUACCUGCUGACACUUCGCCCAUCUGGACGUCUUACGAAAUUUCAUUGUCUGAGCCAGAAGGCAGCGAUAAAGCAACAAAAUUAGAAUCGAGUCAAGAGAGGCCCACACAGUUGAAGGACUGUGCAAAUACUUUGCAUCACAGUCCAAGCUGCAAUGAAGAUGAUGAUCUUGCAGAAACAAAUGAAGAUGCCACAAGCAAGGUGGCCCAGCUCAAGCAGGAACUGAAGAAACAGAGGGCGAGCUAUGAAGCCCGUAUCCACAAGUUGGAGGAGUCCUGUUCCAACUACCAGUCCCAGAUAAACCGCCUCGAGGAGGAGCUAGACCAGGAGAAGAAGAAGUUUCACAUGCUGGAGAUCCGACUCAGGAACUCAGAGCGGGCACAUCAAGAUGCAGAAAAUCGCAACAUUCUCCUUCAGCAAGAGAUGGAGGAAUUCUUCAAAACCCUCGGAGAUCUAACUACAGGAGCAACACGGACCAAAUAGACCAGACCAGCCUGCCUUCAUCUGGUCCAUCAGUGGAGGAGGAGUUCAGUUACUGGGACGCCCAACCAGCCCCAAAGCUUUGAAGACCAAAUACCUCUAGCGCAGUACUAAUUGCCAUCUUUUAGUACAGCUCUCUUGUGCCUACACUGACCAGUGCCGGUGCCAAACAAGAACUCCUCUGGACCAAGCACCUCUUAUUUGUCAUUCCUUGCUGUUAUACACCAUAGGUCAUUUAAUUAGCAAUUGAAAUUUCCUUGUAAGAAACCAGAAAAGGCCUUACUAAAAGUUCUGAGGUACAUAAUACAUAGAUACGUUAUUGUUGAUGCUGAUAUUCUAGAAAGAAAUGUAAGCUUUCAGUAAAAGAAAGAAUAAUGUGAGACGUUAAAAUUCAACUCUUUUAUUUGCAGGAGUUGAAGGUUGACAGUUUCCAUUUUCUGAUGUAUAUAUUUGGUCUGUUAGUGAGGCAAGUGACCUUCCCAAAAGAUACCAUAAAAGGUUAACUCGUGGCUGACAGUGUUUGGCCAAUCAGAAUGCAUUGUACCAGUAAUGCUGAAUGGCUCUUUUUUCCCCACAUGUACCUGCACUAAUAUCAGAUUUACUCAGAGGCAAAAUCCUGCUUAGUCUCUUCUAUUGGUUUUAUUUCUAAGGACAAUGAAGGAGGAGCAAAAAAAUAAAUAAAAAAAAUUGAAUUGUGGCCAAGAAAGGGUCAGGACAGUGUCACAUUCCCCAAAGUGCAUUUUGGGAGCUGAUGCUAGGGGUUACUGCCUGGAGUGCCCUACCAUGAAAAAAAAAACAGGCAAAAAGGACAUUUUGGGAAUUUGAGCCUUACAAAAAGUUAUCCUGGCAAAAGCAAAUGUCUGUUUCCCGACUCUCUGAAAGCAUAAAUACAGUGCAAUCUACAGUAAAAUGUACAGAUCUGUCACUAACUUUACUAAUCCAUGAACUAUACUGCACAGAAAACAAAAUGCAUAUAAAUAGUGCUUCUGGAUUAAAUGUACAUUACAUACAAUGCAUCCUAGCUUGAAAUAAACAAAUAAAUAAAUAAAUACAGAAAACAAUACAGAAAAAAAUAUAUACUUUUUUGCAUUUCUUUCAAAAUGAUGUGUGCCAAGAUACUGUUUCUUCACAAACAUGUUUGAAUGAGUGCAUGUGUGAGGUAGAACUCAGAAAGAUGCACCACAGAAGAGAGAAGCAUCUGCGAUGGAAGAGAACUAAAAAUCAUGGAAUUGAGUAAGGGCACUUAAAUUAAAUAACUUAAAUAUCAGACAGCUGUAGAUAAUAUCAGACAGUAGGAUAAAGUGACUAAUUUAGACUUGGUGUCUGGUGAUGUCCCCAAAACAGCACUCAAUCUAGCCAGUAGGGUUGUUACAGCGCUCCCAGUAAUCAUCGACUCAUUCUACAUUUCUACUCGCUCUCUUUUCAUCCAGCUCUUGCUCAUCCAACAGACCGUCAACUACAAAUUACAUCUAAGUGAAAGAACUAGUCAGAAUACAAUCAGUUUACAGUACGCUAUAGUAAUAAAAAAAAAAAAGGAAACAGUGUCAGGGCAUUGACCGUUAGACUGUUUGCUAUAAAUAUGCUAACUUGGAUGCAGCAAGGGGCACUUUCUACAAGAUGAGGAACAAUAUCAAAAUAAAAUCAUCGGUUUGCAUUAAGAUCCAAGAUCAAGUGUGCUAUAGUU